AUGGUCUCAAGUGCCUUAUCAUUGUGCGCGGCACUGCUUUUAGCUGCUUUUUCUGCUGUAUCGAAGGCACAAACAUCUUAUUACAUUUCUAUUUAUACUGAAACAAUUCCUAGUUAUUCGCAACCGCAAGUAUCUUAUAUUACUAGUUAUCUUGGACCGACUACUCACGGUGGUAAGGGUCCUAUUGCCACAGUGGACGGAUGGCCUGUGAAUAAUCCGUAUAAUGCAUCUAAGGAUGCUCGUUGUAUGUUGACUCCAGAACAAAAGGCGGCUGUUUUGGACCUAAUGAAUAAGUACAGAUCUAUGUUUGUCGACACUCCUAAUUUGACCUGGUCUGAUACUUUAGCCCAACGGGCUGCGUGGUGGGCUUGCGAAUUUAAUGUCAAGACGUCUGUUUUUCAAGACGCUCCCGAUUACGGCUACUUUAUUGGUUCAAACUUUUACGCGGGACCUGGUCCUCUGACCAGCGGUGUAGACGCCUGGUUUGAUGAAAUUAAUGAUUAUAAUUACAGCGAUCCUUACCUUUUGCCUUACUUACAUAAUGGACAUUUUACACAGCUUGUUUGGAAAUCCACCACGGAGGUUGGUUGUGGUGCGCAAGAAUAUUGGCCCGGUGUUGAUGGUUUGCCUAGUCGAUAUUUUUUUGAGUGUGAGUUCAUACCUCUUGGUAAUGAUUAUGGUAAAUACCAUGAAAAUGUCAUGCCUCUGAAACCAGCUUAUGCAACUCUUCAGUUCCCAACACUUUACUGGGUAACCGCCCCCGUAAAUUGGACAUCUAUAUCUCUAUAUGAAAAAACACAUACUGUAGCUCCAAUUACUAUAACUCCGACAUCAAAUCCUAACCCUGUUUACACAAUACCUCCUGGAGAGUGGUCAGGCUUCUUUCCAUCAACGGCCCAGUUUACUUAUUUAAGUGCCACUGACAGUCCAACUACCACUGCAACAACAUCUACCUCGAGCAACAGUCAUGCUUCUGCUGUGAAUACUACUAACAGAUCAACCUCCACUGCAACAACAACUACUUCAACCAACACUCAUGGUUCUGCUAUUGAUGCUACUCACAGAUCAACCAUCAUUUCUAAAAAAUCUACUUCAAUCAGUCAUAGUUCUGCUAUGGAUGCUACUGACAAAUCAACCAUCACUUCUAAGAAAUCGACUUCAAGCAAUAGUAAUGGUUCUGUUAUCGAUGCUACUGACAGAUCAAUCAUCACUUCUAAAAAAUCUGCCUCAAUCAGUCAUAGUUCUACUAUUGAUGCUACUGACAAAUCAACCAUUUCUGAGAAGUCUACCUCUAGCAAUAGUCAUGGUUCUAUUAUGAAUACUACUGACAGAUCAACCACCAUUUCUAAAAAAUCUACCUCAAUCAGUCAUAAUUCUGCUAUUGAUGCUACUGACAGAUCAAGUACCACUUCUAAGAAAUCUACUUCAAACAGUCGUGGUUCUGUUAUUGAUGCUACUCACAGAUCAACUGCCACUUCUAACAAAUCUACCUCAAACAGUCAUAGUUCUACUAUGGAUGCUACUAACAGAUCAACCACCACAGCAACAACAUCUACUGAUUAUACUAAAUAUGCGUUGACUCCAGAAGAACAGGCUGCUGUUGUUCUCGCACACAAUAAGUUGAGAGCUUUGCAUGUUGAUACUGGUAAUUUGACCUGGUCUAAUACUUUAGCUGUAUAUGCUGAGAAGUAUGCUGCCGUUUAUGAUUGUUCUUCUGGUAGACUUGUGCACUCUCAUGGUCCAUACGGUGAAAACCUUGCCCUGGGAUUUCCUAAUGCAGUCGCUGCUGUGGACGCCUGGUAUAGUGAAAUUGCUCAUUAUAAUUACAGCCAUCCUGGCUUUUCCAUGGCAACUGGACAUUUUACACAGGUUGUUUGGAGAUCCACCAAGGAGGUUGGUUGUGCUGUAAAAUAUUGUGGCACCUAUUACCGUGAUUAUGUUGUUUGUGAGUACGCACCUCCUGGUAAUUAUGAAGGUGAAUUCCCUGAAAAUGUCAUGCCUUUGAAAGCAUCUGUUUCAAGUAGUACUUCCAGUAAACCUAAGUCAUCCUCUACCCCUUCUGCUACUUCGAAGAAAUCUAUCUCAAGCAACAGUAAUGGUUCUGCUAUUGAUGCCACUGACAGAUCAACUACCACUGCAACAAUAUCUACUUCAAACAGUCGUGGUUCUACUAUGGAUGCUACUCAUAGAUCAACUACCACUUCCAGCAAAUCUACCUCUAGCAACAGUAAUGGUUCUACUAUACAUGUUACUGAUAGAUCAACCACCACUGUAACAACAUCUACUUCUAGCAACAGUAAUGGUUCUGUUAUGGAUGCUACUGACAGAUCAAUCAUCACUUCUAAGAAAUCUACCUCGAGUAACAGUAAUGGUUCUGCUGUGAAUACUACUAACAAAUCAAUUGCCACUUCUAACAAAUCUACUUCAAUCAGUUAUGGUUCUGCUGCGAAUACUACUAACAGAUCAACCACCAUUUCUAAGAAAUCUACCUCAAUCAGUUAUGGUUCUACUAUUGAUGCUACUGACAGAUCUACCACCAUUUCUAAGAAAUCUACUUCAAUCAGUCAUGCUUCUGCUAUGAAUAUUACUGACAGAUCAAUCAUCACUUCCAAGAAAUCUACUUCAAGUAACAGUAAUGGUUCUGCUAUGGAUGCUACUGACAGAUCAACUACCAUUUCUAAAAAAUCUACCUCAAUCAGUCAUGGUUCUACUAUUGAUGCUACUGACAGAUCAACCAUCACUUCUAAGAAAUCUGCCUCAAACAGUCAUAGUUCUACUAUGGAUGCUACUAACAGAUCAACUACCACUUCUAAAAAAUCUGCCUCUAGCAACAGUCAUAAUUCUACUAUUGAUGCUACUAACAGAUCAACUACCACCUCUAACAAAUCUACUCCAAUCAGUCGUGGUUCUGGUAUCAAUGCUACUGACAGAUCAACCAUCACUUCUAAAAAAUUUACCUCAAGCAACAUUCAUAGUUCUACUAUGGAUGCUACUAACAGAUCAACCAUCACUUCUAAAAAAUCUACUUCAAACAGUAAUGGUUCUGCUAUGGAUGCUGCUCAUAGAUCAACUACCACUGCAACAACAUCUACCUCGAGCAACAGUCGUGGUUCUGCUAUGGAUGCUACUGACAGAUCAACUACCAUUUCUAAAAAAUCUACCUCAAUCAGUCAUGGUUCUACUAUUGAUGCUACUGACAGAUCAACCAUCAUUUCUAAGAAAUCUACUUCAAACAGUAAUGGUUCUACUAUUGAUGCUACCGACAGAUCAACCAUCACUUCUAAAAAAUCUACUUCAAGCAACAGUAAUGGUUCUACUAUGAAUACUACUGACAGAUCAACUACCAUUUCUAAAAAAUCUACCUCAAUCAGUCAUAGUUCUGUUGUUGAUGCCACUGACAGAUCAGCUACUACUGCAACAACAUCUACCCCAAGCAACAGUAAUGGUUCUGCUAUUGGUGCCAGUAGUAAGACACAUGCUGCUGGUGAAGCUGCAUCUGCUAAAACAAAUGUUGCUCACUCCGUCACAACCGCUAUUGUUGAGAGCACACGCAUGGUAGAUGUCACUGAAUGUCCAAUUUGCUCACUAUCCACCGCUACCACUUCGUUUUCUUCCCAAAACGGUCAAACUGUCCUACAUGGUGAACCAGUGUUGAGAGUUAGUACAGUUUAUACUACAGACGGUGUUGUUAUCACUACAUACACUCCUUCAUGUCCAGAAAGUGCUAAGACAGGUUCUGUUACAGCUUCUGCUGCUACCACUACUGCACAUUCAGACAUAAGCAUGGAAUCUGCCCAUGCCAAUGUUGUUCCAUCUGUAAGUGUUGCUACUUCUGCUUCUAAUUCUGCGGAAAGUGUUACAGCUGCAAAAUAUGAGGGUUUGGCAGCUAGUUUGACCUCAGAUGUUCUAUUCAGCGCUAUUUUAAUGGCUCUUAUUCAUUUGAUCUAA